CGCAACCUGGAACGGUUGCCACCCUCUGGAUUUCCUCCGGGGUUGAGCGUCUGGGCUCCGAGGCAACUCAAGAUCGCAGGAGGCGCGUCUCUCCUAAAACCCUGUAGCGCGGCUGCAGUUGGCAGCUGUAGCCGAGGCUGCGAGAGAGGCUUCCCACCUGGGGCCGGCGGCGGCCCAGCUCUGCAGGAGGACGCGGUGACGGCAGGAGUGGCGGUGGGACCCGCAGCCCGGGGUCGCGGCUGCAGAGCCCAGUGCGUGGGAGGAGACAGCGCUCUUACGCCUGCGGCGGCCAAGGCUUAGGCUUCUGCCUUCAGCCCCCUCUCCCGCCUCUCGCCCCAGAAAUGAGCUGGAGCAUCUCCGGUUUGAUUCCAGAGCCCGGAUCGGUAAGCAGAGCAGACCUCAGCAGCGGCAUUGUGUGGACUUAGCUGGGACCUGGAAGCAUAUCCUCCUGUGUUUUUUCUGACUCCUUGGAAAUUAAGGAAUGCAAUUCUGCCACCAUGAUGGAAGGACUGAAAAAACGCACAAGGAAGGCCUUUGGAAUACGGAAGAAAGAGAAAGACACUGACUCUACAGGCUCCCCAGAUCGAGAUGGGAUGCAGGGGAACAAAAAGGCCCAGAAGACCCAGCUUCUCCUCACCUCUUGCUUCUGGCUCAGAGCCCUCUCCUUAACUCUGUCUCAGCAGCCCAGCCCACACGAGCCACCCUACCAUAGCAAAGCAGAGUGUGCGCGGGAAGGAGGCAAGAAGGCGUCGAAAAAAAGCAACGGGGCACCAAAUGGAUUCUAUGCAGAAAUUGAUUGGGAAAGAUAUAACUCUCCUGAGCUGGAUGAAGAAGGAUACAGCAUCAGACCUGAAGAACCAGGCUCUACCAAAGGAAAGCACUUUUAUUCUUCAAGUGAAUCCGAAGAGGAAGAAGAAUCGCACAAGAAGUUCAACAUCAAGAUUAAACCGUUGCAGUCGAAGGACGUCCUUAAGAACGCUGCCACGGUAGAUGAGCUGAAGGCUUCAAUAGGCAACAUCGCGCUCUCCCCGUCGCCUGUGAGGAAAAGCCCGAGGCGCAGUCCGGGUGCAAUUAAAAGGAACUUAUCCAGUGAAGAAGUCGCAAGACCCAGGCGUUCCACCCCAACUCCAGAACUUACAAGCAAGAAGCCUCCAGAUGACACGCUGGCCCUCGCUCCUCUCUUUGGUCCACCGUUAGAAUCAGCUUUCGAUGAGCAGAAGACAGAAGUUCUUUUAGAUCAACCUGAGAUAUGGGGUUCAGGCCAACCAGUUAACCCAAGCAUGGAGUCUCCGAAGCUAGCAAGACCGUUUCCCACUGGAACGCCCCCACCUCUGCCUCCAAAAUCUGUACCAGCCACCCCACCUCGAACAGGCUCCCCCUUAACAGUGGCAACAGGAAAUGACCAGGCAGCCACAGAGGCCAAAAUUGAGAAACUACCGUCCAUCAGUGACCUGGACAGCAUUUUUGGUCCGGUGCUGUCCCCCAAGUCCGUUGCCGUUAACACUGAAGAGAAGUGGGUCCAUUUCUCUGAUGCAUCCCCGGAACAUGUUACUCCAGAGUUGACUCCAAGGGAAAAGGCGGUGACCCCACCAGCCGCAUCAGACAUCCCAGCUGACUCCCCAGCUCCAGGCCCACCCGGCCCCCCAGGCUCCGCAGGUCCCCCAGGGCCUCCUGGUCCUCGCAAUGUACCAUCUCCGCUCAAUUUAGAAGAAGUCCAGAAGAAAGUCGCUGAUCAGACCUUCAUUAAAGAUGAUUACUUAGAAACGCUCUCCUCUCCUAAAGAGUGCGGGUUGGGACAGAGAGCAACUCCACCUCCCCCACCACCACCCACCUACAGGACUGUGGUUUCGUCCCCCGGACCUGGCUCAGGCAGUGGUACGGGGACCACCAGUGGUGCAUCGUCUCCUGCGCGGCCAGCCACCCCCUUAGUUCCCUGCAGUACCACGCCACCUCCGCCUCCUCCUCGGCCUCCAUCCCGGCCAAAGCUACCGCCAGGAAAACCUGGAGUCGGCGAUGUGGCCAGACCCUUUAGCCCACCCAUCCACUCUUCCAGUCCUCCUCCGAUAGCUCCCUUAGCCCGGGCUGAGAGCACCUCUUCAAUAUCGUCGACCAAUUCCUUGAGCGCAGCUACCACUCCCACCGUUGUGUCGGAAGAUGAUGUUUUUUAUGACAAACUGCCCUCGUUUGAAAGGCGCUGUGACACGCCUGCAGAGAAUGAACAGCCUUCCCUCGUUUGGUUUGACAGAGGAAAGUUUUAUUUGACUUUUGAAGGUUCUUCCAGGGGACCCAGUCCUCUGACUAUGGGGGCUCAGGACACCCUCCCAGUUGCUGCAGCAUUCACAGAAACCGUCAAUGCCUACUUCAAAGGAGCAGACCCGAGCAAGUGCAUUGUCAAGAUCACGGGAGAGAUGGUCUUGUCCUUCCCCGCCGGCAUCACCAGACACUUUGCCAACAACCCCUCCCCAGCCGCUCUGACUUUUCGGGUGAUAAAUUCCAGCAGGUUAGAGCACGUCCUGCCGAACCCCCAACUUCUCUGCUGUGAUAAUACACAAAAUGAUGCCAAUACCAAGGAAUUCUGGGUAAACAUGCCAAAUUUGAUGACUCACCUAAAGAAAGUCUCUGAACAAAAACCCCAAGCUACUUAUUAUAAUGUGGACAUGCUCAAAUACCAGGUGUCUGCCCAGGGCAUUCAGUCCACACCUCUGAACUUGGCAGUGAACUGGCGAUGUGAGCCUGCGAGUACUGACCUGCGCAUAGAUUAUAAGUACAACACGGACGCCAUGACCACCGCAGUGGCCCUUAACAACGUGCAGUUCCUGGUCCCCAUAGACGGAGGAGUGACCAAGCUCCAGGCUGUGCUUCCUCCAGCGGUCUGGAAUGCUGAGCAACAAAGAAUAUUAUGGAAAAUUCCUGAUAUCUCCCAGAAGUCAGAAAAUGGAGGCGUAGGUUCUUUACUGGCAAGAUUUCAGUUAUCCGAAGGCCCAAGCAAACCUUCCCCGUUGGUUGUGCAGUUCACGAGUGAAGGAAGCACACUGUCUGGCUGUGACAUCGAGCUUGUUGGAGCAGGGUACCGGUUUUCACUCAUCAAGAAGAGGUUUGCAGCAGGAAAAUACUUGGCAGAUAACUAAUAAAAUCUCAUGCAAGGACUUGGAAGAGCCAUGUCCUGGAGAACUAUUGUAUGAGAGACGGGUUUUAAUCUGGUUUGAUGAAAACCAACCGAUAUCUAUACCUGGGGUCCAGCAACUGGAAGGUCCUGGCUUUCAGCAGUGAUUUCCCACACACAGUUCUACAGUAUUUACUUCUAGGUGUAAUAUUGUUAAUGGUUUUAAACUGUAAUUAUUGUAUUUGUAAACUGUACCUUCAUUCCAGUCAGGCACUUAGGCACUUGCGUUUUAGUAUUUUUCCAUUCUUGAAACGGAUGUAAUUUAAAUUGUGGUAUGUAAAUUUAAUAGUAGUACUGUCGAAUGGCACAAUGCUUACAGAGGUAGAGUGCAUUUUGUCAAUAUAUAAAAUUUAAAUAUAAUGUUGAUAGUUAUCAUAAAGGGGGUGCCACACAUCAAGAACCUUAAAUGGAACCAGAAAAAAAACCUUACUUUCCUUCACUCCUUACUAUGUUUUCUCUAGUGCUAAAGAAAACCCCUAGCUUCAGUGGAGUGGAUUAAACUCAGAAACUAUUUAAGAAAAAAAAAAUCUAAAGUUACAACAUAUUCAAAGAGAAGCAUUAAUUACCACUUUUUAAAAAGCUUUUUUUUCAAACCGCAAAUUUCAUAAAAAUGCAAACUGUGUAAACAGGGCCUCUUAUUUUUAUAACUUGUGUAAAAAGGGAAAAGCAAUUCAUAUUUAAAGUUUAAGUAUAUUAAAUUCUAUCCAAGAGUGCAAAGGAUGUUGGAAUUUUACCUGACCCCCAUGCCCCCCUUCUCUGCAGUUUAGCAAAUGUGGAGAUUGCUAAACCAUCAGAUUGAAGCCAACGUAAUUUUUAAAGUUUCAAGACUUUCUGUAGCUGAACUGGUUAAUACUUUUGCACAGUUGCUCAGAGCAGAGGGGCUUGUCUCUUCCAGCAUCCAGGAGUACCCCGUUCCUUCUUUACUCACAAGAACCAAAACACUGAGAGUAAGGACCUUAGAGAAAAAAAAAUAGUUGCCUGUUUUGAUCCAAAAAGAGAGUUUUAAACUUAUCAUUUACAUCUUUGGGGAAGGAAGAAUUAAGCUUUAUAAAUGAAGAUCUAUUAAUCUUGUCGUCCUAUGAAUAUUUUUUGAAUGAUUUUAAGAUUCAUUGUAUAAAACUAUGAAUCUUUGCCAUUCUUGGGGAAUGGGAAGCACUGGGCAGUUGCCUUGAAGCUCAAUGAAUGCCACGGUUCUGGAACUGGGAUGGGGGGUAUGCCCCACAGGACGGGAUCGGAGCAUGGUCCUGUGAGGUCUAAAGAUUAAGUCUUCCAGGAAGCCACAAGUUAUUUCAAGAGAACAGUUCCUGUUCGAGGCUGUCCUGUCAAACAACUGCAACUGAGUUGGGAUGUGUAGCAUUCGCUGCUGAAUUUCAUUUUGUCGUCACUCAAAUUUGACAAGGAUCUUCAGCUCCCUUAAUUCUAGAAUCAGAUUAAAUUUUUUUAAGUCUUA